AAGGAGUUGCGAGGCAUGUAGGUAAUUGAUUCCCAAGCCUUGGAUGUUUAAGAACUAUUUCUGUAGCGAUCAUAGACCACACUCACAUAAUUCAGUAUGGGCAUUUUGGAGAAAAUAUCAGAGAUAGAAAAAGAAAUUGCGAGAACCCAGAAAAAUAAAGCUACUGAAUAUCAUCUUGGAUUGCUAAAGGCCAAGCUUGCAAAGUAUAGAUCACAGCUACUUGAACCACCAAAGAAGUCUGAGAAAGGAGAGGGUUUUGAUGUUUUGAAAUCAGGUGAUGCCCGUGUUGCCUUAAUUGGUUUUCCGUCUGUUGGAAAGUCCACUCUUCUCAGUACUUUGACAGCAACUGAAAGUGAAGCAGCAUCAUAUGAAUUCACAACACUCACAUGCAUCCCAGGAGUCAUUGAAUAUAAGGGAGCCAACAUUCAGCUGCUGGAUUUGCCGGGUAUUAUUGAAGGGGCUUCUCAGGGCAAAGGUAGAGGGAGACAGGUGAUUGCAGUAGCACGCACAGCAGACCUAGUGCUGAUGAUGCUGGAUGCUACAAAACAAGAUGUCCAGCGUGGAUUAUUGGAAAAGGAGCUUGAGAGUGUAGGCAUUCGUCUGAACAAAAGGAAGCCGAACAUUUACUUUAAGGUGAAGAAAGGUGGUGGUCUGUCUUUCAAUUCAACAUGUCCUCUGAGUCAAGUGGAUGAAAAGCUGGUGCAAAUGAUUCUUCAUGAAUACAAGAUCUUCAAUGCUGAAGUUUUGUUCCGUGAAGACUGCACUGCCGAUGAAUUGAUUGAUGUGAUUUCUGCGAAUCGUGUUUACCUCCCGUGCCUUUAUGUUUACAACAAGAUUGACCAAAUAUCAAUAGAAGAAGUGGACAGAAUUGCUCGUCAACCAAAUAGUGUAGUAGUAAGCUGCAACAUGAAGUUGAACUUGGACUACUUGUUGGAGCAGCUGUGGGAAUACCUCUCUCUCAUUAGAGUAUAUACAAAGAAACCAGGUCAGCCCCCAGACUUUGAAGAUAGUCUCAUCUUACGUCGUGGUGUAACAGUGGAACACGUGUGUCACGCCAUCCAUCGCACACUUGCAGCAGCAUUUAAAUAUGCCCUCGUAUGGGGAACAAGUACCAAAUACUCACCACAGCGAGUGGGUUUACAUCAUGUCAUGCAUGAUGAAGACGUAAUUCAAGUUGUGAAGAAGUGAAGUUGUAUUCACAGUUCGCAUAUUGCAGUAUGAGCUUUCAAGAUAAAGGACGAGGGAAUGAAUCCCAUGAUGAACAGGCACAAGGAAGAUGUACCUUAGAAAGGUCCCUUUACACAAAAUAAAUAAGAUUUAUUACAAUUUCUUAA